AUGGCUGAAAUAGUUGUCUCUGCCUUCUUAUCGGUGUUCUUUGAAAAGCUGGCCUCUGAAGCCUGGAAGAAGAUUGCUCGUGCCAAGGGAAUUGAUUCCGAGCUCAAGAAACUGAAGAGGUCAUUAAUCCAGAUCAAUGCUUUGCUUAAUGAUGCUUCUCAAAAGGAAAUAACUGAUGAAGCUGUUAAACAGUGGCUGAAUGAUCUCCAACAUGUAGCUUACGACAUAGACGAUGUUCUUGACGAUUUGGCAACCGAAGCUAUGCAUCGUGAGUUGACCGAAGAAUCUCAAGCCACCACAAGCAAGAUAAGAAAACUAAUCCCAACUUGCUGCACGAAUUUCUCAGUAAGUACUAGGAUGCGUGGCAAGUUAGAUAAUAUUACCACCAAGUUACAAGAACUGAUAGAGGAAAAAAACAAUCUUGGUUUAACUGUGAAAGGUGAAAUCCCGACGCAUAUGAAUAGAAAAUUACAAACCUCUUUGGUAGAUGCAUCUAGUAUUGUUGGACGAGAGAGUGAAAAAGAUGAAUUGCUCCACAAGCUAUUGAGUGAUGAACCAUGUGAUAGAAACUUCAGCAUCGUGCCCAUAGUUGGUAUGGGUGGGGUAGGUAAGACCACUCUAGCAAGACUUUUGUAUGACGAAUUUCAAGGGAAGGAUCACUUCGAACUCAAGGCGUGGGUUUGUGUUUCUGAUGAGUUUGAUAUCUUCGGUAUAAGCAAAACCAUUUUCGAAUCGAUAGAGGGGGGAAACCAAGAGUUUAAGGAUUUAAAUCUGCUUCAGGUGGCUUUAAAGGAGAAAAUCUCAAAGAAACGAUUUCUUGUUGUUCUUGAUGAUGUAUGGAGCGAGAGCUAUACUGAUUGGGAAAUUCUAGAACGUCCAUUUCUAGCAGGAGCACCGGGAAGUAAAGUAAUCAUCACAACCCGCAAGCUGUCGUUGCUAAACCAAUUGGGUCAUGAUCAACCAUACCAAUUGUCUGAUUUGUCACAUGACAAUGCUCUAUCCUUAUUUUGUCAACAUGCAUUGGGUGAAAAUAGCUUUGAUUCACAUCCGAUACUUAAACCACAUGGUGAAGGUAUUGUCGAAAAAUGUGAUGGUUUGCCAUUGGCUUUGAUUGCACUUGGGAGGUUAUUGAGGACAAAAAGAGAUGAGGAAGAAUGGAAGGAACUAUUGAAUAGUGAGAUAUGGAGGUUAGGAAAGAGAGAUGAGAUUAUUCCCGCUCUUAGAUUGAGCUAUAAUGAUCUUUCUGCCUCUUUGAAGCAGUUGUUUGCAUAUUGCUCCUUGUUCCCCAAAGACUAUGUGUUCAACAAGGAGAAGUUGAUUUUAUUAUGGAUGGCAGAAGGGUUUUUGCACAAUGAAAAUACAAACAAGUCAAUGGAACGCUUAGGUCUUGAAUAUUUUGACGACUUGUUGUCAAGGUCAUUUUUUCAACAUGCACUCGAUGACAAAUUGUUGUUUGUGGUGCACGACCUCAUGAAUGACUUGGCCACGUCUGUUGCUGGAGAUUAUUUUUUAAGAUUAGACAUUGAAAUGAAAAAGGAAGCUUUGGAAAAAUACCGACAUAUGUCAUUUGUUUGUGAGAGUUACAUGGUUUACAAAAGGUUCGAACCAUUUAAAGGAGCUAAAAAAUUGAGAACUUUCUUAGCAAUGCCUGUUGGGAUGAUAAAAAGUUGGACAACAUUUUACUUAUCAAAUAAGGUCCUUGAUGACUUACUUCACGAAUUACCAUUGUUGAGAGUUCUAAGUUUGAGUCAUCUUAGCAUCAAGGAGGUUCCUGAAAUAAUAGGCAGUUUGAAACACUUGCGGUAUCUUAAUUUAUCUCACACGAGUAUCACACAUUUACCAGAAAAUGUCUGCAAUCUUUACAACUUACAAACAUUGAUCCUUUGUGGCUGUUGUUUUAUAACCAAGUUUCCCAACAACUUCUUAAAGCUUAGAAAUUUACGGCAUUUGGACAUUAGCGAUACUCCCGGUUUGAAGAAGAUGUCCUCGGGGAUUGGUGAAUUGAAGAACCUACACACUCUCUCCAAGAUCAUUAUUGGAGGUGAAAAUAGACUAAACGAGCUUAAGAACUUACAAAAUCUCCAUGGGAAAAUUUCCGUUUGGGGGUUGGGCGAUGUGCAAAAUGCAAUGGAGGCACGUGAGGCGAAUUUAUCACAAAAGAAACUUAGCGAGUUACAGUUGGAUUGGGGUUAUGGGGAUUAUGAGUUGAAUGUUUCUCGAAAGCAAACCCAUGAUAAGGAGGUCCUUAAUGAGCUGAAGCCUGAUAACGAUAGUUUGAAAAAGCUUGAAAUUUUGUCAUAUGGAGAAUGUACAUAUCUACCAAGUCUUGGGAAGUUACCAUCACUUAAGGAGCUGUUUAUUCUUGGCAUGAGCAAGGUGAAAGUUAUUGAUUGGGAGUUACUUGGAACUGGAGUUGCAUUCCCAUCACUUGAAAUUCUAAGUUUUGGUCAUAUGUCAGGGUGGGAGGUAUGGUCAACCGAGAAUAGUGGGGUUGUAGACACAGCAUUUCCAUGUCUUCAAGAACUUCAUAUCGAAUUUUGUCCUAAUUUAGUUCAAGUCUCACUUGAAGCCCUACCUUCACUUAGAGUUUUAGAAAUAAAAGGAUGUGGUCAUGGUGUGUUGACAACUCUGGUUCAUGUAGCUUCUUCAGUCACCAUGUUGGAAAUAGGUAAUAUUUCAGGGCUUAAUGAUGAACUGUGGAGAAGUGCUUUCAAGUAUCUUGGGAAACUUGAAAAGUUAUACAUUCGUGGGUGUAAUGAAAUAAGAUAUUUGUGGCAAUCAGAAGUAGAGGCAAGUAAGUCUCUAGUGAAUUUAAGGAAUUUGAAUGUGAGUGAUUGUUCAAAUCUGGUGGGUUUAGGAGAGAAAGUGGAGGAUUACUGUGGAAGCAUCCAGACGUUUAUUAGGAUGUUGUCUAUAGCACGUUGUGAGAGUAUUGAGCAUUGCAGUUGUCCUAAUAGCAUUGAGUUUCUGAAUAUCCGUAGUUGUGAUUCAAUUACAUCAGUCUCUUUCCCAAAAGGAGGAGGGAAGAAGCUCAAGUCAUUUGCCAUUGGAGGUUGUCAGAAGUUUUUGGAAGAGGAGCUUGGAGGAGAAAAGAGUAGGUUGCUUAUCAACUCAAACAUGAAAAUGCUUGAAUCUGUAGAUAUAGAUGGUUGGGUAAAUCUGAAAUCUAUCAUUGAAUUGACUUACUGUAUUCACCUCACCACAUUGAUGAUAACAAAGUGUCCAAAAAUGGAGUCUUUUCCUGACCAUGAGUUACCCAAUCUCACCUCUUUAACAAUUCUGGUAAUAACAAAGUGUCCAAGUAUUGAUGCCUCCUUUCCUCGUGGGCUUUGGCCUCCCAAAUUGAGUUACCUUGGAAUAGGAGGGUUGAAGAAGCACAUCUCAGAGUGGGGCCCACAGAAUUUCCCAACCUCACUCGAGAACUUAAUGUUAAAUGGCGGAAUAUAUGAUGAUGUGAAAAACUUUGAUCAAUUGUCGCAUCUUUUUCCUUCAUCUCUUGCUUCUCUUUCGAUAACGGGAUUUCAGAAACUGGAAUCAGUUUCAAUGGGACUCCAAAACCUCACCUUUCUCCAACGUCUCUCUGUUUCCAAGUGCCCGAAGAUGUUACAUCUACCAGAAAAGUUGUUUCCUUCGCUUUUGUCUUUGAGAAUCGAUGGAUGCCCAAAUUUGAAUGAAAGGAGCAUUAGAAGAAGCUCCUAUUGGCCCCUCAUCUCCCUUAUCCCUCUCUCCACUUUUGACGAGUGAAAUACCACUUAUGCCUUGAAGCUUGAAAAAACCAAAGGAUAGGGACCAAAUUUUGACUCCUGUUAAAUUGAACAAAGAUGGAGAGCUAGUCUAAAGAUCAUCUGUAGAAAUUAACUAUAGAACUUCAACAGAUGGGAAUGCUGAUGAGGCAAGAUGCUCAUGUACUCUGAUUGUUUGUAUACAUAAUUGUCCAUGAUAUCUUGUUCAGGGCUGUAAACAAGUAUUAAUUAGGUUUUCAGGAGAGAUGAAAAUAUUCUAUGUUGGUUGUGAGAUUGCUGAUAUGGUUGGGCGAAUAACAAAGUGUCGAAGUAUGAAGAAAUUUCCUGACCAUGGGUUGCUGAUCACUCUCACCUAGUUGACACAUAUUAUAGAUAGAAAAUUGUAAAAUUAUAAGUGCUUCUGAGGCAUAGAAUUAGGAUAAAUUUGUAUUGUUCUGUUUCUGAAUUAGGAAUCCAUAUACGAAUGGAUGAGAACCUGAUGUAUUUUUAAAAUGAAUACACAAAAACUUUCAAC